UCCUCUGGAAACGUCUGGGUCACCCACGAGGAGAUGGAGAACAUGGCCACCUCCACCAAGACGGACACAGAGGAAGGCAGCUGGGCACAGACCCUGGCCUAUGGGGACAUGAACCAUGAGUGGAUUGGGAACGAGUGGCUGCCCAGCUUGGGCCUCCCACAGUAUCGCAGCUACUUCAUGGAGUGUCUUGUUGAUGCACGGAUGCUGGACCACCUCACCAAGAAAGAUCUCAGAGUGCACUUGAAGAUGGUGGACAGCUUCCACCGCACCAGCCUGCAGUACGGCAUCAUGUGCCUGAAGAGGCUCAACUACGACCGCAAAGAGCUGGAGAGGAGGCGAGAGGAAACCCAGCAUGAAAUCAAAGACGUGCUGGUGUGGACCAACGACCAGGUCAUCCACUGGAUCCAGUCCAUCGGGCUCCGCGAGUACGCCAACAACCUCGUGGAGAGCGGGGUGCACGGGGCACUCCUGGCCCUGGAUGAGAACUUUGACCACAACAGCCUGGCACUCGUCUUGCAGAUCCCCACGCAGAACACACAGGCUCGACAAGUGCUGGAGAGGGAGUUCAACAACCUGCUCGCCUUGGGCACGGACCGGAGGCUGGAUGAUGGCGAGGACAAGACCUUCCGCCGCACCCCGUCCUGGCGCAAGCGGUUCCGCCCGCGGGACGUGCACAGCAUCAACCUGCUCAGCGGCUCUGCCGAGACCCUGCCCGCCGGCUUCCGCGUCACCAGCCUCGUGCCCCUGCCCCCGCCCUCCGCCCCCGCCAAGAAA